ACGGCACAGAACCCUAGCCGCCUCUCCGCUCCCGUUUCUUGCCCUCUCGCAGUCCCUGCUCUCCCCGUGCCGACCACCGCUCAUCCACCACACCUCCCCACCACCACCACCUCCCCCUUCUCCGGCGGUCGCGUGCAAGCCAGAAACCCUCGCAAUGACGGGAGGCAAGAUACAGAAGAAGCGCCACGGCGCGGGGGCCGCCGGAGGUGGCUGCGGCGCGCGGCUGCAGGGCGGCAUCCCGUUCGAGAAGUCGAAGGGGCAGCACAUCCUGCGGAAUCCGGCUCUGGUGGACUCCAUCGUCGCCAAGGCAGGCCUCAAGCCCACUGACACAGUCCUCGAGAUCGGGCCAGGGACGGGUAAUCUUACGAAGCGCCUCAUCGAGGCGGGAGUGAAGGCAGUCGUCGCCGUCGAGCUCGACCCGCGCAUGGUGCUCGAGCUCAACCGCCGGUUCCAGGGGCACCCGCUCUCCUCGCGACUCAAGGUUAUCCAAGGAGAUGUCCUCAAAUGUGAUCUCCCUUACUUUGAUAUAUGUGUGGCAAAUAUCCCAUACCAGAUUUCUUCACCCCUCAUGUUCAAGCUUCUGUCGCAUCGUCCAAUCUUUAGGUGUGCUGUGAUCAUGUUUCAGCAUGAAUUUGCCAUGAGGCUUGUCGCACAGCCUGGAGACAGUCUCUACUGUCGUCUCUCUAUUAACGUCCAGCUCUUGUCACGAGUGUCACAUCUUCUAAAGGUUGGGAGGAACAACUUUAGGCCUCCACCCAAGGUUGACUCAUCAGUAGUGCGUAUUGAGCCCAGGAAGCCCCUUCCUCCAGUCAGUUUCAAGGAGUGGGAUGGACUUGUGAGGAUUUGUUUCAACCGGAAGAACAAAACCUUGGGCUCCCUCUUUAAACAGAAGCGUGUUCUUGAGUUGCUAGAGAAGAACUACAAGACUAUGCAGUCUCUGCAGCUUGCUCAAGAUGCAGAAAUGGGUGAGGAGAAGAUGUCUGCUGAUGACGUUGCAUUGCUAGCUAAUAUGGUUGAAGAUCUGAGCAUGGGGACUGGAGAUGAGAAGGAAGAUGAUGAAAUGGAAAUGGAUGAUGCAGACAUGGCAGGAGAUGGUGCUGCGAGCUUUAAAGAAAAGAUUAUGGGUAUAUUGCAGCAGGGUGAUUUUGCAGAAAAGAGAGGUUCUAAGCUGAGCCAGGUCGAUUUCUUAUACUUGCUGUCUCUUUUCAACAAGGCUGGUAUACAUUUCUCAUGAGGGAUUUUCUAAUGGUCCAGCUAUCUAUUUUGAAGUUCUGUUUGUUUCUUUCUGUUAUGUAAGUUGUAAAAGUCAUUUAAGAUCUCAAAGCUCAUGGUUUUAGAAAUUUUGGCACGGUUUGUCCUAAUUCAGUAGUCUCCAAGAUAGUUAUAAGAAUUGUGAGGAAAGAAAUUCUGCCUGGUUGCCUGUGCUUUGUUCUGACUUAUCUAUGGAUUUGCUAAAUGACAGCCAGCAAAAUUAUUUUCC